GUAAACAAAAUAUUUCCUCAAGGAGCUUAAAUAUAUAAUAUUAUUUACCUCGUUAAAAACGUGUAAUUUUUGUUAUGGGGUCCUUUAGAUGUACUAGAAGUUCUUUAGCCGUUUUGAACAUAUUUUACAUAAUCAUUGCUUUUAUUUUAAUAAGUGUAGCUACUUAUGGCAGAUUUUCAAACAAAAUAACAAAUAUUGCAAUAAUUGGAGGCAUUGUAGCAUGUGGUGUGUUUUUAUUAUUUUUAGCUAUCGUAGGUUUAUUUGGAACAUAUAAACAUCAUCAAAUCAUACUAUUUUUUUAUAUGAUUAUACUCUUCACAUUAUUUGUUGUACAAUUCUCGAUUGCUUCAGCAUGCUUGGGUUUUGGUAUGUAUCGACAACAAAAUCUGGCAACUAGAGGUUGGUUAUUGGCAAAUGACAAUGUUAAGGCAAAUGUUCAAAAAUAUUUUGACUGCUGUGGUUUUAUUAAUAAUUCAAAUAUAUUUGAACCGUCUGCGACAAACCCAUUAGGUCAUCCAACCUGCAGCAAACUGCACUGUUGUACAAAAAAUCCUAUAGAUUCCCUUUGUUGCACAGACGAUCCAAAGGCAACCGUCGAUAAAUGCCCUUGUAACGCCUGUUGGAAUAAAUUGCACACAAAAAUCGAUUCCGCAUUAAAGGCGAGUGGGGGUAUAGGAAUGUUUUUCAGUUUUACCGAGCUUAUAGGUAUUUAUCUGUCCAUGAAGUUUAGAAACAUGAAAGAUCCUUACGUAGAAUUCAAUGCUUUUCCUCAAUAAUGUCACAUCUGAAUUUUAACUAUUCGGUCCCUUAAUAUUAAUUAUUUAGAUUAAUCGCAUAAGGAAUCACAAAUUUUUAAUUUAUACCUUUUAUUAUUUUACCAAUAAGUUGACCUAAUCAAAUUUACUACAUAAAUCGAGUGAUUAUAUAGGCGUCGUCUCAUUAAAUAUUUUUUCGUAUUUCAUUUAUUUCACGACUAUGCAAAUAUUUAUAUUUUAAUUAUUUCCCUUAAAUUUCUAACUUAUUUUCACACAAAUAUGAUUUUUGGC